CCCAUGAUGCACUGCGCGGCGUUUCUUCUCCUCAUUGUCCUGAACCGGGAAGCGAGGGAAUUUGAAGCGGCCGGGAGCGGGGUUCCCCUGGUAACGGCCUCUCGCCAGGGAUGGGGCAGCCCGGCGGCUACAGGUGCGUCGAGUGCAACCGGGAAGCUCCUGAGCUGUACAGGGACUAUCAGCGCGGGGUGCUGCGCAUCGCCAUCUGCAAAUCCUGCCAGAAACCUGUGGACAAGUACAUUGAGUAUGAUCCUGUUAUCAUCUUGAUUAAUGCCAUCUUAUGCAAAACACAGGCUUACAGGCAUAUUCUUUUCAAUACACAGAUAAAUAUUCAUGGGAAGCUUUGCAUAUUCUGUUUGCUUUGUGAAGCUUAUCUCAGGUGGCUGCAGCUACAGGAUUCAAGCCAAAACACAGACCCUGAUGACUUAAUCAGAUAUGCCAAAGAAUGGGACUUUUAUAGAAUGUUUGGAAUUGCUUCUUUAGAACAAACUGCAUAUUUGGUUGGCAUCUUUACUGCCCUUUGGCUAGCGAGACCUGAGAGCCUGAAAACCAAGUCAGACUUCAUCUUUCUUCUGAAAGCUCUGCUGUUGUCUAGCUAUGGAAAACUUCUACUGAUUCCAGCUGUUAUUUGGGAACACGACUAUACGCCUUUGUGCCUCAAACUCAUAAAAGUAUUUGUCCUGACAUCAAACUCUCAAGGGAUUAGAGUUACCUUGAAUUUAAGCCAAACGCUCACUUUGUUGGCCAUCUUGAGUGGAUUAAUUUUGGAAAAUGGUAUAGUCUACUUCUUCCAGAGAAUGGGAUGGAAUGUUUGAAAAGGCAGCCCAGUGUCCAUUUUCUAAAUCUUGGAUUAUUUUGAAAAUCUAAAGAAAAACCAACAUGGUACAUUCUCAAAGAAUUAUCCUCCUACAGCAAGCCUCAAAUCAGCCUCAAAUAGUUUUAUGAACAAAAGCUUUCCAUGGUAAUUGACUGGAAACAGUUAUGAUUUAAAAUGAAAAACUCCAGUAGUCUGGCAACUGUAUGUGUUAUACCAGAAAAUGUCAGUCUAAACUUGCUUACUUUCACACCAAAAAUAUGAGUGUGCCACUAGCCUAAUAGCUUCCAUAGAUCCAGCUGUAACAGAAAAAUGGAGGCUAACAAUUUCAGUACUACCACCAAUCACUACUUCAGAUGUUUUUUCAGAAGGAGCUGGAUGAGAUAUUUUCCUUAGGAGAGAAAAGGAGUAACUGAGAAAAUUGAAAUUGAGAAAGUACUGGUUUUGUUUUCCUAAGAGUCAUCAACAGAUAAAGAACUAAGUAUGGGCAGAAUUGACUGAUUACAAUGGACAGACUAAGCUUCAUUCUUGGAUAUUUGUGAAACAAGCCAAAACAAUAAAGCAGUUAUUUGUAUUUUAA